GUAAUUUAUACUUUCAACAUGUCAAAAGCAAAUUACGGACAGUUUUUACGAAAUACCAAUCUAAUUUUGCCCAAGCAACCGAACCAUGACGAGUUUUUGAUGGUAAUGGAAAAUGUAUUCCGAUGCUCUUGCUUCAUUGGUGUGCUUGGGGUAAAGAAAUGGAUCUGCUACGUUUGGAGUGCUUUCAUACUGUUUGUGUUGCUGGUGAUGGAGUCACAGGCCAUCUGGAAGGUUAUCAAAGCUCUGGGUGGAUGGGCUAUAGAUACUGCUGGACAGAGAAGCGUAACAGCAAGACUAGCAGGAACCAUCUUCUACACCAUAGCCAUUAUAUCUUUGAUCCUAGCCUCGAAGCUGUUCAGGUCUUGGGAAGAACUCUCAGCGCUAUGGGUCAGAGUGGAACGAGUAAUGGCAGUAAAGGUUCCAAGUGAUGGAACUUUGAAGAGGAGAAUGUAUUUCAUCAUUGGUUUUAUGACUGUUUGUUCGUUGUUGGAACAUUUAUUGAGCAUUGUAUCUGCCAUUGGACUGGAUUGUCCGUCGUAUUUGAUUAUUAAACGAUACAUUCUGAUUUCUCAUGGUUUCAUGAUAUUGAGGCUAUUAUGGGCCUCCGUGAAAACCGAAGCAACGAAAGUGUACACUUGGCGCAAACUGCGAGAGGCGUACGUGAAGCAAGCGAUGUUAGUUCGCAAGGUGGACGACGCUAUUGGUGGCAUCAUUAUAUUGUCGUGUUUCUGUAAUUUUUAUUUUAUAUGUCUACAGCUGUUUCUUGGCAUCACCCAAAGUCAAUCAAGUGAGCCUCUCAGGACAGUCUACUACUUCACUUCAUUGGGCUGGUUGUGCUUCAGAGUGAUCAUCGUUGUCCUGGCAGCCUCUGACAUAAACGUCCACUCUCAGAUAGCUCUCAACCACAUCUAUACACACGAUACUCUUUAUUAUAAUGUUGAGGACUUCUUAGACACUAUGGAAAAGGUGUUUCACUGGUCGUGUAUAUUCGGUGUAUUUGGUUCGAAGAGGUACAUCAGUAUAUUGUGGAGUGCCCUUAUCUUGGCGUCGUUGGUGGUUAUAGAGUACUUAGCUAUCUGGAAGGUCAUUCGAGCAGUUACUGGAGUAGCCAGGGAUACGAGUGGACACCAAGACUACUCCGAAUGGUUUGCAAUGCCAUUAAUACUGGUAAGCACUUUAGCCAGUCUGCUAUGGAACUUCCAAGAUCAGCUCAUAGUCCUCAUCAGCAUUGGUCUUACAUCUCGGUAUUAUAGGCUCAAUGGCUACGUCGCUAAAUUAUGUGAAGUAGAAAAAUAUCAGACGGAGUUUAAUAAGAAGUCAGAAGCUCUAAAAGUGUACACGUGGCAUAAAAUACGGGAGGCGUACGUGAAGCAAGCGAUGCAAGGUCUAUCUACAGAUGUAAUGACAGGUAUAUACUACGUGGUAUCACUCGUCUGGCUGUGUACCCGCGUGAUAAGUGUCGUACUCUCCGCGUCGGGAGUGAACACACACUCAAAGACUGCCCUCAAGUACUUGUAUACUUAUGAAACACACUGCUAUAAUGUUGAAGUAGGAAGGCUCCAAGACCAACUAACUAAAGAUUACAUCGCCCUCAGCGGAAUGGGAUUCUUCUAUCUCAACAAAACUAUUUUGUUACAGGAUUUCCUCCCAAUUCUAAACAACGUGUUCAAGAAUGCUCGUUACUUCGGGAUCUCUGGCUAUGGGUUCAAUUUGUCUUUCGCUUGGAGUCUGGUACUGUUUACAAUGCUGGUGGUAGCUGAAACCGUAGCAGUUUGGAAAGUUGUAAGGUUCCUUGGAGGGUGGCUGAUGAGCGCUUCUGAUAAUGGUUUUAUAGGUCGGAUGUCCGGAGCCAUCUUCUAUGCAAAUGCCUUGAUAUCACUAUUCCUUUCAUCAAAGUUUGUACAUUCUUGGAGGAACCUCUAUAUCUACUGGCUUAGUACGGAGACUAAUACUGCGCUCAAAUUUCCUCCUGAUGUGAGAACAAAAAAGAGGGCUAUUUUGAUAAUCGUCUUCGUUAUUAGUGUUGCUUCUAAGGACUACAGCGCAUGGAAUGGUAUACCAAUUUUUAUUUUGAGCAAAUUGGCCACAGUUCUGUGGAACUUUCAAGAUUUGAUUAUCAUUCUCAUCAGCAUGGGACUCAGUUCUCGGUACAAAAGACUGAAUUUGUACGUUAGGAAAAUAGUUACCGUUGAAAAGCGAUCUGAGACAAAACCGAAGUUCGGCACAGAAUUAUACUUACAAAUUCAAGUAUGGCGACGUUUGCGCGAGGCGUACGUUCGACAAUCAACACUCGUGCGCAUGGUCGACCGUAAGCUUGGAUCUCUUGUGUUGCUGUCCAAUAUAAAUAAUCUGUACUUCAUCUGUUUGCAGAUCUAUCUUGGAAUACACAAACCGAGUUCAAGCACAAUAAGUCGUUGUUAUUUCCUCUUCUCACUAAGCUGGCUAAUACUAAGAGCAUGCAGCGUAGUGAUUGCUGCGUCCGACGUACAUCUGCACUCGCAAAGAGCUUUGAAAUUGCUGCACUCAUGCCCCAGUGCUAAUUAUAAUAUCGAACGUAUUCGAGUUACCGAUGAUACACCGGUGCGCGGAGUCAGUGCCGCUGUCGGUUUGGUAUCAGAUAUCAUGGAGCAGAACCAGUCCUCCGAGGAUGGAGUACAGACCACGUUACAGGCAUCCGCGGCAUCGGAUGAGUUAGUAGAUAAAGUGGCAGCUGCAAUAUUGAAGUACGAAUUAGUUUUAAUACAAUAUGAUAAGUAG